AUGGAAAACACAGUCGGAAGGAGACCAAAAUGUACAAUUAUGCAACAUACAUGCAAGAUUUGCGGGGCACCAGCUCAAUAUUCGUACUUUGGUACAAUUUCAUGUCGCGCUUGUAAGAUUUUCUUCAAAAGAAAUGCUGAGCACGGACAAGAAACGCUGAAAUGUUUAUUCGACAGACAUUGUGAAAUCGAUCAGAAUAAUCGGCAUGUCUGUUCAUUUUGUCGACUGAGGAAAUGCUUUCUCAGUGGCAUGCAAAUCGAGAAGAUCCGUUGUGCGUUAUCAAAAGUCAACCAAAAAAGAAACAAAACAUCCAUCCCUAUGGUAACUCCCACGCAAUCAACUCGACCAAUUUUAACCGUUGAACAAUGGAAGCUGCUUUCUGACUUAUCCUAUUGUUAUGAUGAGCAUAGUCAAAUAUCUAUAUGUGAACGAUAUGUAUCUCUACAAAGUACUUUACCUUUGAAAUUACGUUUUAAAUCUGCAUCAAUGAUUGAAUUGUUUCAAACGUUAAUGAACGGCUGUCAAUUGUUAUACACAAACAAUCGAGAUUUGUGUUCGUUAUCGUUCAAUGACCGUUCUGUCUUACUUCGCAACACAUUCAGACAUGUCGAAUGUAUUUCGACGAACUUCAUUCUGAAUCGAAUCGAACUAACAAAUUGUCCGGCGUAUUACAAUACACUAGAAACGAUUAUUCAUCCGAAUGUUAUACCCAUAGCGAAAUUGAUCGCCAAUCGAUGUGGUUUCGAUACGAUUGUUAUGAAAUUAUUUCUUGCUAUUCUUUCGUUUUCGACCAUCAACUUGACAGUUUAUGAUACGAAUACCUCCGCAAAAAAUCUGUCCGAUAUUAAACAAGUUUUACAUAUUCAAGAUGCGUACAUAGAAUUGACAUGGCGAUAUUUAAUUUACAAAUACGAUGCGAGACGAUCGAUUCUGUGCUUUUCUGAUCUCAUCAGAUGUUUCUUUGCUGUAAAUAAUAGUGUAAUGAAGACAUCUGACAUUCAAUGGUUGACGGAUGCAAUAAAUUAUGUGGUGAAUCAAACGGAAGAAACUAUACUUUACAAGCGAUAA